ACAUGAGGGCGACGUGUGAAAUGCUGCUUGACUUAUUAAAUAACAGAGGGAGGGAGCGUCCCAGAGCCGUGAUUGGCUGUAGAUAAGGAGGUGAAGCCUCCACCUAACAUAAUGGACUGAGAUUGAUGGAUGUACCCCAGAGAUAGUCGCCCGGCAUAUAUAUAGUGGGUGAUAAAACCAUAUAACUAGUUGCAGUAACAAAGAUGAAUACAGGUGUCAAGUUAAGCCACGCAGUUAUAUUCAUCUUUUUUAUGUAUGGGCUGUAUUAUGAUGAAUAUCAUAAUGAACCUCCUGCAGGCACCAAAAGUGAACGCUAUAGAAAUAACAUUGGUGGAAGAUACAAAUAUUUGACACAUCUUAACUUGCUCUUACAAUGUGGGUUCUUUGGACUUUGUGUGCUAAACGACAUCAUUGGGUCAAAUACAGUGAUCCUAAGCCGACAGAGUUCCCUGCAGAAGUUACGUGACUGGCUAUUUACGUGUUUGGUGUUCCCCAUGGGUGUGUUUGUGUCAUUCAUCUUCUGGGCUUUGUAUGCAUUUGACCGUGAGCUGAUCUUCCCAGCUUCACUUGAUGCAUGGUUUCCAUCUUGGUUGAACCACAUAAUGCAUACUUUGCCAGUGGUUGGAACCAUCCUGGAGCUGUACAUAGUAUACCACUUUUACCAGAAGGGAUGGAGACUUUAUGUGCCAAUACUUGCUGCUUAUUUUCUCUACCUUUCUUGGAUUUGUUAUAUUGCAUAUGCUGGUGGCAUCUGGGUGUAUCCAGUGUUUGAAGUGCUGGACUUUACUGGAAGAACACUUUUCUUAGCUGCCCUUCUUCUGCCAAAUCUGCUUUUUGUUUACUUGGGUCAGAAGCUUCACAACAAUGUGUGGGGUCCUCAGAAAGAGCAGACAAAGAGAAAGGGGAAGAAAGAGUAGAUGUAGAGAAGAAAGCAGAAGGGUCAUGACAAUGGAGAGAGCAGUAAUAUGAGAGAAGAGAAUUGUAACAAUGGAGAGAGAAGAAGAGUAGUUUCAGUGAAGAGAGGAGAGAGUUGUAACAAAUAGAGACAAGAGACAUGGCAGUGAAGAGAGAACAACAACACUGUGGCAGGAUUAUAACAAAAGCUGCUACAAAAAUUCUUACAGAUUUUCUGAUGAUUUGAAUUCAUUUAUAGAAUAAUGUUCUCUAUCACACUACAAGAUACAGCAGUACAAGUCAAGAUUUAUAUGGAAAAUGUAAUUGUUAAUCAACAAGAUUUGUGGUUAUUGGUAUUUAGGUGGUGUUUGUGUAUUAACCACUGCACUGCGCUACAUUAUAAUAUGACACGCCCGUCUGUGUUGCGCUGAAAAUAAAUUAUUUUCAAAAAAUUAUUUUCUUAUAUAUUUUUAAAAUUUAGUUUCUGAUCACAGGAAACUAAUAUAAUAUAUAUUGUAUGUGACAUACUUUAGGCAUGAUAGAGCUGAGAAGUUGAGCAAUUUAUGGUCACUGAGUGAUGAGGCGCUCGGGGACACUCAACUCCGCCACCCUGUGGGGCAGCAGUUGCCGAGAAUGUAAUUUUCCAUAAUUACUGUAUUUCAAUGUCUCUCAUUCAUUUCUUUUCUGUUUUUUUGCUGUAAUAUUAUUCAAAAGUGUGUAAAGUAUUCAAAAAUUUGUGGAAUUUAUAUAGUUCAAUGUGUGGAACAUUGCUAUGCUCAAAAUUAUGGAGCUCAUAUAUGGUAACAUGUAUAUUAUAAUCUAAAGAUAAAAAACCAGUGUUUUGCUGUUAUUACACUAUAUACACACAUUGUAUAUAACUAUCUACAUUUUUGUGCACCAUAAUAAACCACAAAGAUCAUGUGUUGAGAGUUUAUGUACACAAAACAACAAUCCAAGGUCAGCCUAGCGGCCGACAGCUGAGUGUGGCAGGAGCUGCCCCAAAUACAUUUUUACAUAAUUAUUUCAGUGUCUGUGAAUAGUUUUUAUAUCUAGAUUUUUUUUGCAAUAAUAAUAUUCAAUAACAUGUAAUAUGUGGAUAUGUAGUUAAAUGUGUGGAACAUCGGUAUUCUCAAAAAUAUGGGGGAUUGUAGUACAGUAUAUUAUAUUCUUAGAUCAAUCAAACAGUGUUCUUGAUGUUAUUACGCUAUAUACACAUGUUAUAUAUCAGUAUCAACAUUUAUAUGCACCAUAACAUACUAAUAAGCAGUUCUGUUGAGUAUGGUGAUGAAAUCAAAACACAGCAUGGAGCCACAAGCAGAUGAUGCAAGACAAUGCCUCCAAUAUUCUACACAUCUCGCUAUGACUAGCAACAAAACUGUUGUUAUUAUCACAGUCCUAUUACAAUAUCCUGAAUAUGAAUUUAUUUCAACAUGGUUAUAUUAUGAAGGAACAUAAGGUCAUUUCAUGAUGCAUAGAUACAGGAAACAAUUGCUAGGUGCUGUGUUUGUACCUCAUGCUGUGAAUAUCAUAACUGGCAUUGUGUUCACUGAUAUCUCAACGUUGUACACAGUCUUUGUCACAGGAUCAUUUAUGACACUAUCAAUGCAAAAUGUUUUUAGCUACCUAUUUUAUUCAUCAUUACUAAGUGAUGCUCUGGUCCCUAGCUGUACAGCGGUGCUGUGCGCUGCUCCUAGAUACGCCAGCCUUGGUCGCUCUUCAGCCAGCAUGGAUGCCGAUUUUUUUUUUAAGAUGGCGUCUGUUUAGAACAGAAUGUGCAUCCCGUGUACCCGCAGGAGUUUUGAAUUACUUCUAUACCUAAAUGUGCCAUAUGGCGCUUUACGGACCCCCCAAUUGGGUGCCUUAAGGCGCAGUACAGUGGUUAAUAGUAAGAAUGUCUUAUAAUGAAUUUGCUAAAAUUUAUUUCUGUGGUUUAAGCAUGUUGAGUGUGAAUAAGCAUGUCAAUUGAGUGUACAGUAUAUGUCAAUAUAUGCUAUGCACUCUAUUGUGGAUUAUGGGUGUUAUUGCUUAUUCAUUACAUUAAAUACUAGUAUUUAUGUUCAUCUAUUCAUUAAUAAUUCUUUAAAUAUUGCAGCAGCAUCUUUAAGAAAUUUUUUAAACUAAAGUAAUAUGUAUUACUGUAAAUGUAAUGACCAUUGUGAAUGUUGGAAAACAUAUAUAAUGUAUUUUUAAUAACAGAAUCAUCUAUUAUGCUCAAAUAUAUUCCUGUCAUUUUAUAUUACAUGUACAAAGUACUGUAAUCACAAGUAAAUGGUAUCAUUAUAAAAGUACAUGGCUGCACUGACACUAAUAUGUAAGAAUAAAUAUUUACUUGGAAACAUUCCAAAUUAAUUUAGCAUGUUUUUUAUAAGUACUUAAGAUUACACUAAGAAUGACGAUUAAAGAUCAAUAUGUGAGGUGAAGAAGUCACUGUAGAGGUGAUAGAAGACUUUAUAUUGAGGCAAAUGGUACAGACCAUGGACAAAUGUGAAGAAUUUGGUGAUUAAAGUGUAUGAUUUUACAGGACAUGUUGAUGAGAUAAUUGAUUAUGAAUUGUGCACAUUGCAAAUGCAUUAUGGGAGAGUAAAUAAAGGCACCUCACCUGAUGAAUCAGUUAAGUGUAUGCCUAGUGAAUCAGCUUAGAGAAUGGCAAAUAGGAAUAAUGAUGAAAUAACAAGAGAAAAUAUUCACUUUAAUUCACAUAAAAAAAAACAUAGAAUGUAAUGAAACACCAAUUUCUUGGUGAUCCCUAGUUGCUUCCUGAAUGCUGGUAAAGUGUCAAACUACUAGGUUCCAUCAGUCGCGGAGUUCUUAUAGACCUGCCAGGGACCAUGAAUCAGAAUCUGGCUCCCCUCUUAAGAGGUACAGAGCAGUUGUACCAUGAUAAAAUUGUUUGUGAAUUUGAUUCAUGUUCACUACCACCAGGGAUGCACCCAGAAAGUCAGUGAAACAAAACAGACAGACCAUUGCUGGUUAGAAGAUCGACACCUCAAAAUUGCUAAGAGAACUCCCCCCCCCCCCUCACCCCCACCCAAGAACGUAAAAAUUGAAAAUUCAUGAAACUAUUGCUAGGUCAUUUGCCCACCUCCCUCCCCUCCUCAAGACUGGUUUUCUGGGAGAAGGGGGGGAGACCCCUUAUGGCUCCUGAAGCUACCUAUCCACAGAGAAGGAAAAGAAGGGGACUUAAAAGCGAGGAGGGAGUGCCACAGAUAUCAUAAUAAAGAGGAAACCACAGGCCGACACACAACCCAAGGCCACACAAGGUCGAUGAGGACCAGGAACAUUCACAACAUACCUGGCUGCCAGGACCCUGUUCGACCGCCAAAACCCCAAUGCCUGAAUAUUGGUCCAAGACAUAUUGGCAAACACAGCGAGAGAGUGGCAAAUUUAUGAACAUAAGGGAAUGAGGGUAGACCACAGGCUGGCUCAACUUUAUAACACUGCAGAUGAGCUAAGAAACAGGAACCCUGGAAGAAGAAACCUGAGAAACCAGAUCAACCCUAGAGUCCACUGAAGCAGAAGUCCUUCAAAUGUCCAAAUCUGAGUCCUUAAACACCAACCAGGGCAGCUCCUGAGCAUCCAACCAGACACACAACCUAGGCUGCUGCAAUACAGAAAACCUCCAGUGCUCAGCGAUCCCUGCCUGAAAACCUCAAAUGUCAUCAGGAGGGUUUGUAAGGCGAGUAAAAUGCAGACAACGAGUCCCAUACAAUUCAGGGUCGAAGGUGACACUGACCCAGCAGGCAGUAUGGCGGAGGAAGAAGGAAUGAGCAUCGCCACGUGGCAUCAACGAUACUCAACUCUAUUCAAACUCACAUAAGGCAAGAGUGAGUUUGGCGGGGGAAUCCAAUGGACACACAGGGAAUAUCCAGGGUCUGUAGGGAAUGGCUCUACAGGAAGCCCUACAGGAAGCCCAGGCACUGGAAUCACAACACUGGAAUCCAAGAGUAUGAAUCAUGCUCUUCAGCGAAGGCACUAGGAAGCACACAGGUAAGAAAAUCCUGUGCACAUGCAGCUCCAAAUGCCUUAUCCUCCUGGUUCACACUGCACAAACGUGUUUUUGAACAGCCACAAAGGUAAAAAUCCACUACUUAGCUCAAGCAGGAAACUAGAGCCAGAGUGGACAGCCAGGACACUUAACUGCUGUCAGCAAGGACUGAGGGUGGAGCAGCUGGCUUACCCAGUCUGCCUCCCUCUUCCCCCAAAUGAGGUGCGAGGGUGGGGUGAAUAAGCUGGAUAUAUUUUCAUGAAUUUUUACAUUGUUGUGGGAGUUCUUGAAGCAAUUUUGAGGUAUUGAUCUUCCUUCUAACCAGCAGUAGUCUAUUUUGUUUCGCUAAUUUUCUAGGUGCUUCCUUGGUGAUAGCGGACAUGAUUAAAAUUAAUUUUUUUUAUCCUAGUGCUACUGCUCUCUGCACUUCUUUAGAGGGGGGGGGGCCAGGUUCUGGCUCAUAGUCCCGGUAAAUCUAAAAGAACUCUGCAACUGAUGGCACCUAUUAGUUUGGCAUUAUAUCAGCAUUGUAGCUUCAGGGAGCCACAAGGGGGAGGGCUCCCCCAAGAAACAAAAACAUGAAUGAGUGGGGCAAGAAGCAAUGCUAAAUAUAAUUUAACCUAUGGUACUUCAUACAGGAAAGGAGGAAGAUUAAAUACUCUAUACAUUUUGUUAUUAUAAAAAUUUUAUGCUAAAAUUAAAAUUAGUACCAUUAAUGUAAAACAUAUGCAAUUGUAAUCAAGAAAAGAUCUUCACCCACAGAAUGCUGAAAACAUUUAAUUCAUUAUUCUCAUGGUGGGUGUGGUGGCCAGGUCUUUGAGCAAAAUCCUUUGUAGUCUAAGUUUUUAAGUGUAGUUUUAAGUGUCAACUAGAUGUGCAUUUAGAUGUGAGAGCCCCCUGGGUUAACACAUCUAUUCCACAUUGAUUAGUUUGAAAUACAAUGUGGUUAAUAAAUAAACAAAAAUCA